GGGGGUCCGGGAUCUGCCCACCAUGAAGCGGACCGUGUAUUUUUUCACCCUGAUCUUGACAGAAAGCAUGGUGGACAUGGUCAGCUCAGCCCGGGACUGCUUGCAGGCUGGGGAAUCCUGCACCAACGACCCCAGCUGCAGCUCCAAAUUCCGGACCCUCCGGCAAUGUAUCGCCGGCAACGGUGCCAACAAGCUGGGGCCGGACGCCAAGAGCCAGUGCCGGAACACCGUGACGGCUCUCCUUUCCAGCCAGCUCUAUGGCUGCAAGUGCAAGAGAGGGAUGAAGAAGGAGAAGCAGUGUCUCAGCGUCUACUGGAGCGUCCACCAUACCUUGUUGGAAGGUAUGCAUGUGAUGGAGAGUUCCCCUUAUGAACCCUUUGUGAGAGGUUUCGACUACGUCCGACUGGCUUCCAUCACUGCAGGUUCGGAGAACGAGGUGACCCAGGUGAACCGUUGUCUGGACGCCGCCAAGGCUUGCAACGUGGACGAGAUGUGCCAGCGCCUCCGGACGGAGUACGUCUCCUUCUGCAUCCGGCGCGUGGCCCGGGCAGACACCUGCAACCGCUCCAAGUGCCACAAGGCUUUGCGGAAGUUCUUCGACCGCGUGCCCCCCGAGUACACGCACGAGCUCCUCUUCUGCCCCUGCGACGACACGGCCUGCGCCGAGCGGCGCCGGCAAACCAUCGUGCCAGCUUGCUCUUACAAAGCCAAGGAGAAGCCCAACUGCCUGGCCCCGCUGGACGCCUGCCGGGGGAACUACGUUUGCAGAUCCAGAUACGCUGAAUUCCAGUACAACUGCCAGCCGUCCACGCAGUCCGCAACAGGAUGCCGGAGGGAGAACUUUGCAGCCUGUCUUCUGGCCUACACUGGAAUCAUUGGUAGCCCCAUUACCCCAAACUACAUCGAUAACUCCACCUCCAGCAUCGCCCCCUGGUGCACCUGCAACACCAGCGGCAACAGGCAGGAAGAGUGCGAGAGCUUCCUACAUCUCUUCACCGAAAAUACCUGCCUGCAAAAUGCCAUCCAGGCCUUUGGCAAUGGGACACACCUGAGCUCCGCCCUGGGCCCGACCACCCCUCCGAUGACGCAGCUGCGCAAACAGGAGCGUAAUGCCAAUAAAGCGGCCGCCACUCUGCAAGAGAACAUCUUUGAGCAGCUACAGCCCACCAAGGUAUCUGCUGAAGAGAAACUUCUGGGAGGUGCCACCCACCUGGCGUCCGAUUCUUCUCACGCCAUGAUGGCUUUUCCCAUGAGCGGCUGGUUGAUCAUACCGUGGUCCGUGUCUACUGUUACCUUGCUCCUGGCAUCCAUGUGA